UUCGAGGCAACACUGUCGCCAUACCUCGCUAUAUGGGAGACGUAGUAAAACCUAAGAACCGUCGCUCUAAGCGAUGGUUAGAGGAGAGAGUUCCCAAGGUGCACGAGAACGUUAAAAGCGCUUUAUUCAUUCGUGGUGGGCGGACAAAUGACACUGUAAUGAAAGCUUUGAAAGAUUUGCACGCGUUAAAGAAACCAGAUGCCCGGAUGUUGCAAAAGAAGAACAUUCUAAGACCGUUUGAAGAUCAAACGUCGCUGGAAUUCUUUAGUCAAAAGAGUGAUGCGUCACUCUUUGUUUUCGGCACGCACUCCAAGAAAAGACCCAAUAAUUUAGUAUUUGGAAGGAUGUUCAACCACCAUGUUUUGGACAUGAUUGAGCUGGGAAUCGAUCAUAUGAAGCCAAUGCAGGAGUUUCAAACUGAGAAAUGCAGCAUUGGCUGCAAACCUUGUCUUGUCUUUUCUGGUGAUCGUUUUGAUCAGUCAGAGGAUUUCAAGAGAUUGAAAAGCUUGCUAACAGAUUUUUUCAGUCGAGGUUAUGUGGAUAAGAUGAGCCUUAGAGGAUUAGAACACGUGCUGUCUUUUACAGCAAAUGGUGACCAAGUCUACAUGAGAAGUUACAGGACUGCUUUAAAGAAAUCUGGAGGAAAGAUUCCUCGCAUUGAACUAGUUGAGAUAGGUCCGUCACUUGACUUCUCUAUGAGGAGAUCUCACUUAGCGUCUGAGGAUCUAAUGAGGGAAGCUCUAAAGCAACCCAAGGAAUUGAAGGCGAAAAAGAAGAAAAACGUGGGUUACGACGCUUUUGGUACAAAGACUGGUAGAAUUCACAUGCAGAGACAAGAUUUGAGCAAAUUGCAGACACGGAAGAUGAAGGGAUUGAAAGAAAUUCGAAAGAAACGAAAACUUGCAGCAGAGUCUGAUAGCCAUGUAGAAGAAACUGCUUUUAAAAGAAAGAAAGUUGCAUAAAUGUAGAUGAAUGAAAUCGGAAGUGAGCUCUGUUGUGCUAUUGCGCAUGCGUUACAGUAACUGUACACUGUACACGUGUACUUGCAAAACAUAUUUGUUUAAUUAGCUAAUAAAGGGUAAUAUACGUAUUAGUAGAAGUACG